AUGACAGAGCUCAGCCACCCAGAUGCCGAGGGCGAUGUUUUUAAGAAAACGCAUAUUGUGGAAUCAAGUUCAACACAGCCGUUGAGGGGAAAACUGCAGGACUUGUAUAGUGAAAAUAUCACUGCAAAGGUCCUACGUUCCGCUGUCAACUGCCUUGAAAAUAAUAGCCCCAUCACCGAGUAUCCUGAGUGGGUACCGCAGACUGGGCCAAAUGCCGGCAAAUACCAAUGUCGCGAGGCAGACUUUUGGACGUGUGGCUUCUUCCCCGGAUUGAUCUACGGCGUCCUCGAGCGUUUGAUAAAGUAUCCUCAACAGGGAACAAGUGGACCAAGGAACGACAUCAUGAUUCAUAAACUCCGAGAGCUAGGCGAGAUAUGGUCCAAUCCCAUCCAUCCCAUGAGCACUCGAACAGACACGCACGACAUGUCCUUUAUAAUCCAGCCAUCAAUGCGGCCUCGCUGGGAACUCUUCCACGAUGAGAAUGCCCUUUCAACUAUCAUCACUGCUGCAGAGAGUCUAUACACUCGCUAUAGUCCCGAAGUCGGCGCUAUACGGUCCUGGGAUCAAUUGACCCAAAAGGGAGUCAACAUCACAUCCAUGGACCAUGAUUUCUUAGUCAUUAUCGACUCCAUGUGCAAUCUCGACUUGUUAUACUAUGCUGCAGCUCACACCGGUCGAACCGACCUCUCCGUCGCUGCAACUAAACAUGCCCAUAAACUCCUGCGCACUCACCUCCGCCACGAAACCGGAGAAUACUCCCAGCGCAAAGGGUAUACUGGGCCCCUAUUCAGCACAUUCCAUGUCACAAACUUCGACCCAGUGACAGGUUGUCUCAAAGAGGCCCGUACAGGACAAGGUUACGCAAAGGACUCAACCUGGGCACGCGGACAAGCCUGGGGUAUCCUCGGCUAUUCGCAAACAUUCCAGUGGACCGGCGAAGAAGAGUUCCUUGUCGCAGCCUGUGGAUUGGCCGAAUACUUCCUUCUCAGAUUAGAGAUGGCCCCCACCUGCGUCGAGAAAACGAUCCAAAGUGGACUAGAGAAUGGUGCAAGUCGCACCUGCGGCCGCCUAGUUCCACUCUGGGAUUUUGAUGCCCCCGUCGAUGAGGCAAACCCGCUCCGCGAUUCAUCUGCUGGCAUCAUUGCAGCUAAUGGUAUGCUGGUGUUAGCGCAGAGCCUGAUUUCCCGCGGUGAAUACUUGCAGGGUCGUCGGUAUCUCGAGGCCGCGCUUUCGCUCGUUGAAGAUGCGCUGGCGUUCUCGUUGGCAGAAGAGAAAGCUUGUAUUGUCGUUCGUGGAGAAGAGAUUUUGGUGGAAGAUGUGCAGCCCAAUGCGAGGUUUGAAGCUAUUUUGAAGAAUGCCACUGCGAAUCAUAAUGCAUCUGAUCACCGCCGUUACUGGGAUCAUGGGCUUGUAUAUGGUGACUACUAUCUUGUUGAGUUUGGGAAUCGGUUGCUUCGGAUGGGACUUGUGUAA